CAUGAUAGAUAAAAUUACCCUUGCAAGGUGAAUUGUCAAAUGAAAGCGAGGAUGGAAGAAGCAAGAUCAAUUUCUGUUCUCGGGGAUCUCAUAUCGAUCGUGUGUGUACAUGAAUUAUAUAAAUUAACAUAUCUCUAUAAUUUUAUUAAAGGUGUGUCCUAUAGCAAUGUGUGCAACUGUUUGAAAAAAAAAACUGAAAAUUUUUGAAUCACAUUAAAUGGAGGUUUAGUUAGGGUUUCAAAUUUUGUUUUCUGGCUUCAUUUUAGCGGAGGGCUCCCAUCUAAGCUUUUGGGAGGGAAAACCAUAAAAACCCACAUCACGAUUCACAGGUCAGUUUCUCUUUUAAAGGAAUUAUCAGAUGAGCACUAUAGUACAUAGAACUCCCAAAUCCUCUGGGAGUCGGUCAUUAUUUUUCCAAGAUUUGGCAUCCCCUGUCUCUGCCCAUAAAGGGAAAUUCUCAACACCAGGUCAGGCAGCUGCAGUAUCUGCUCUAUGGCGUGACAAUUUUGGCGGUUUAGAUCUUCCACCCCCUCCCAUGUAUACCUUGGAGGACCGUUCAGAUUUCUCUCCUGAGUUUGGAAUUCCUGAUUACCCUCCCUCCCCAGAAGUAAAAUCGGACCCAAGAACUCCAAUCCAAAGUUCUGGGAGGGACUUCAUGUCUCCAGCAAAAAGCAAAUCUGAGGCUAGCACUUCAUUUGCUUUGAUGAGUGGUCAACACAAUCAACAAGUUUCAGCAAGUUCACCAUGGUGGUCAUCAACCAAGGCUAGUAGCAGUGAGCAAGAAGAUAAGGGGAAGGGUUCUCCAGUUGAAGGUGUGGUCCAACCUGGUGCUUUGAUCACACUCCCUCCUCCGAGGGAAGUUGCAAGACUGGAAAUGCAGAGGAACUGCUUGCCAGCAGGGAAUCUUGAUGAGGAAGAAUGGGUUACUGUUUAUGGGUUCUCUCCUGGUGAUACCAAUUUAGUUUUGCGGGAGUUUGAAAGAUGUGGUUUGAUCUUGAAACAUGUUCCUGGUCCAAGGGACGCUAACUGGAUGCACAUUCUUUAUCAGAGUCGAUCUGAUGCCCAGAAGGCUCUCAGCAAGAACGGGAUGCAAGUAAAUGGGGUAAUAAUAGUUGGCGUGAAGCCCGUAGAUCCAAUGCAACGCCAAGCUUUGAAUGAAAGACAUAACAAUCAGGGAUUCAUGACUUUACCCCCACCACCAUCUUCUAGAAGCUCAGAUUUGAGGACAAUAAGAACUUCUUCUCGCCCCUACUAUCUUCAAAAUGGCAGUGGCAGCGCCCAGUGGUCAGGAGGUGCCAUUGCUUCCCCAACCAAGUCUAUGGUCGGAGAUCUCAAUCAAUAUCCAAUAACCACCAGUCCCCAAAUUCAAGACUUGCAGAGUAAAUGACCUUAAAUUGAGGUAAGAACUUGUGUCCUUCUAGCAGGGUUAAAUGCUGAGAAUCAGUGGAUAUUUUUUUUUCCUUAGGGAUGUUUGGCUGAUGUACAUUCAAAGAGCUGAACUUAUGUGCUUAGCAGAUAUUUAAAAAAUUAAAGGGAGCAAUUGGUAGUUGAUGGGAUACCUAUUAACAGCAGCUGAUUCUAUCAACUUUAAAAUAG